AUUAAGAGAGCGGAAGGAUUGGAAUUCGUUAGGCGUUUUCACUGUGAUCGUCAAGAUCUUCGAGCUCAUGACCAUCAUGUUUAACCAAAUAAUUGUAACUUCAAACAAGAUGGAUGUACAAUUAUCGCUUAUGAACUUCAGCGAAAAGUUUUAUGGGAAGUUAUUGGAAGAAAACAAGAUACGCUUAGACACACUGGAGAAUACUUUCCUCUCUCCUUUCAAUAUCUAUACUACCCUCGGAAUGGUUCUGUCUGGCAGUGCAUUGAACACAAAAGCUGAGAUAAUGAAAACAAUGCAAUUAUCUGAACGCUUAGAACAUGAUAAAGUUCAUAGCGGAAUAAGUGAACUUCUCAAUAACUGUUCAAAACGUGGUGGUGUUAACAUUAUCCUUAGCAGUGGACUUUUCGUUGAACGUGAUGUUAGUAUCAAGCAGCAAUUCGAAAUUUAUUUGAAGACUUACUAUAAUGCACUGAUAGAACAUAUGACAUUUCAGACGGACAUAGAAUGUGCUCGUAAACAAAUAAACAAGUGGGUUAGUGAACAAACCAACGGAAAGAUCCAACAACUCCUCUCACCUGGGUCCCUAAAAGAAGACACACGGGUUGUAUUGUUAGCUACUACAUAUUUCAAAGGUUUAUGGAAAUCGGCUUUUCCUGUGAGCAACUCUCACGUUGAUAAGUUUUCUCGUCUAGACAGGUCAAAAAUAGACGUAAGGUUUAUGUAUAUUAAUUCCUCAUUCGGCAUGGUCAGCCUGCCACGUUUGAAGUCACGAGCUAUCAAGAUACCUUUCAAGAGUCCUAAAUUCUCAUUAUUGGUCGUUCUUCCAAACACAAAUGACGGAUUACCUGAUUUACUGAAAUCAUUGUGUAAAGACAAAGGAAUUUCAUCAAUUCUUUCUUCUAACUUUACGGAUACCAGUAUACACUUGUACUUACCGAAGUUCAAACUGAAGGAAGGCAGUGCUAUAAGCCUUGUAGACUAUCUACAGAAAAUGGGAAUGAGAGAGGCUUUUUGUCCAGGAUCAGCUAACUUUACAAACAUGUCUGAAUCAAGUAAUUUUUGUAUAGGAGAUAUACUUCAUAAGGCUAUUCUCGAAGUGGAUGAGCGAGGUGCAGUGGCAGCUGCAGCCACUUCUGCGAAAGUUAUUCCUCUUUCUUUAUGCAUAUCUAAAGAACCUGAAGUGGAAUUUCGUGUUGAUCAUCCAUUCUUCAUUUCAAUUAUAUGGAACAAUACUGUGCCAGUAUUUCUUGGACAUGUAGUAGCUCCAACGGAAUAGUAGCCUAAGUAGUAUAUUCAAUAAUUAAAAAAUAUUUUACUAAUCAAAUCAGUGUUUAAAUACUUUCUCAACUUUAUCUAAUCGUUUAUUCGUGAUCUUUAUACCUUUAAUGUUGAACAGUUCUAAUGAGCAGUUGCUUAUAAUUUCAUGGACAUGAUAUGUUUUUUUUCAAUGACCCCUUUGAAUGUUGUCACUUAGAAGCCGUUGAUCAAGAGUUUUAUGAUUUGAGUCUGUCAGAUAGUUGAUAACUAUGGUUAUUGUCAUGAUGUCGCUGUGUGUUGGACCAGUUUGUUUUCUAUGUUAGCAUGGAUUUAUUUGAAAUUGGACUGAAAUUGAUCAGCUCCUUUUUGACAUAUGUACAUACUGUUCGUAUUGCCUCGACAUUGCCUGAAGUCACAAGCUUUAUAAGCAAAGAUGGAUAGUGGCUAGCAGUGGAAUCCAGGACGCACGUUGCAUCCUGUUUAGGACUUGUCAGCUGGAUGUACCUGCAUCUCAGAAUUGAUGUUCACCCUGGGACUCGAACUCAGCACCGUUCAUCCAGCUGACGAGUACUAAAUACGAUUAAACGCAAGUCUUGAACUCCACUGCUACCCACUAUUCAUCUUUGCCUACAAUACUCAUUUUUGUUUUUAAAAAUACCCAGAAAAAUUUCACAGAUUUACAAAACGAAACGAAUUUUUGCAUAUUUUUAGUUGUUCUAAUCCUAGUUUACAUUAAUAGAUUACUCAUCUAAUUUUGUGCAGAAACCUUUGGAAUCACGUUAUUUUCAACACACAUAGAUUUAUAGUAGUUUUGCAGAUUGAUACAAUAAGAACGAAACACCUAAUUGGCGUAUACAGUAUACUAUAAGAAAAUCAAUAGAUUGAGACACAGUAACAUUGAAAUAAUAAAUGAAGUAAUAAAUGAUUAUCGAAAUAUUUGAUGUAGUUCACUUGAUAUUGUGAACUUGAAUCUUCUCAUUGAUGUUUAUGACUCCAAUUUGUCGGUCUAAGUGAAUAACGCGACGGCAUUUGAAGCGAAUGGUACUGGUUUGGAGUCCCUAAGUGAACCACCCAUUCUGAAAUGCAGGUAUAUCCAGCUGACGAGUGCAAAUAUAGGACGAAACGCGCAUCGUAGAUUCCACGACCAGCCACUGCCCAUCUUUGCUUAGAAUUCUUGUGAAUUAAGGCAAUAUCGAGGCAAUACACACAGUAUACACAUGUGUCAAUUAGGGACUGAUCAAUUGCAGUCCUAAGCAUCAAUGGGAAGAUUCAAGUAAACAACAAUACCAAUUUAAUUUAAACUUCACUCGACUGCAAAAGGAAGUGGCUAUGUGGAUAACGCGAUGGUGUUUGAAGCAGGCGGUACUGUAUUCGAGUCCCAGAGUGGACACCGAUCCUGUGAUACAGGUGCAUCCAGCUGACGAGUCCCAAAUGGAACGAAAAGCGCAUCCCAGAUUGCACUGCUAGCCACUAUCCAUCUUUGCUUAUUUUAGGAGGUAGUUGAAGUUGAGAAUAUGAAUUAAUUGAACAAAGUGGACUGAAGAUAAUUUUAUCGCGGUGUAUUCUAAAGUUUAAAGGUACAACUUAGAACACAGUCGUAGAUGUUUGCUAUCGUAGUGUGACAAACAAGGAUGAAAAACUUAUCCUCUAUAUUCCCCCAAGUGAUGUUGUUAUAUCCCAGUGAAGAUUAAAUUAUGGGUAACUUCCGAGGACUAUUAAUGGAAUAAUAUUCUAUAAAUAUUCUUAUUGUAUAAUUAUUCAAUAAUUAGAUUAUGUGUAUUAAUAUUCCUCUUAUUAUAAGCUUCAUUUUGACCUAUAAUUUAUUAUUAAACGACCUACUGUCCCUAAAUUAUGCUCAGUUUAUUAACUACUGCCUCCCAUGCUCACAGCCACUUUUUGGCUUUAUUGUGCACAAAUGUUAUUUCUUAUUUUAUGGUGCGUUGCUGUCUGGUUGUUUGAUAUACAAACACUAUGUUUGAAAUAUAUGAUUCGCGUAGUGGAAGAUGGUAUUUGUGUUCUGGACUCAAGUGGACGGGCUAAGCUGACAUAGGACCAAUAAGGACGCUAGGCUGCUCAUAUCGGUCGAACUUCAUUGGUUUGGCACAAUGUUAAGAUAGUAUAAGUCGUAUUUUGAUUGGUGGAUAAAUCACGUGAUAAAAAGUCGGACAUAAAGUCAUAACAGAUGUCAACGGGUAAUAUAAACGAACUAGAGAUAUUAUCUAUCGCCAAACAACCCCAGUAACUAUUGGAUAUCAUAAAGUUAUCAAAGAGGUUUACAUCUGACGAUUAAGUUUGAUCACAGAUGCACAAAGUCGAAUAAGAGUUAUUCCUUUAAAUAGCUGCUUAUGUGGGAUGCUUUCAGUUACAUUUAACAAUAACUACAAUCAGACAGAACUAAUUUAACGUCUCGUUGUAGUGUGAAAAGAAUUAGGAGUGUACAUCAAACAUUUUACAUAAUGUCAAAGUACCUGAUUCUUGACUAGUAGGUAGCGGAUGUGAAUUGCAGCAAGGUAAUAUUACUAGUUUUUCUAAAUAAACAGCAUGUAAAUUGGCACUGAAUAAAUUUAAUCCAAAAGUGUUUUUAUAGUUGAAUUCGUGAGUCAAAUAAAACUAGACCAUCAUAGGAAACCUGGAAGCACUGGACGGCCGUUUCGUCCUAGUAUGGGACUCCUCAGCGAAGCGCAUCCAAAAC